GAUCUCGAAGAAGAGUUAGACAUGAAGGACAGAGUGAUUAAAAAGCUACAAGACCAAGUCAAGAGUCUAACUAAGACAAUUGGAAAAGCCAAUGAUGUGCACUUGUCCUCGGGACCCAAGGAGUACCUGGGAAUGCUGGAGUACAAGAGGGAAGACGAGGCCAAGCUCAUUCAAAACCUCAUUCUUGACCUGAAGCCCCGCGGCGUGGUGGUGAACAUGAUCCCCGGGCUGCCGGCUCACAUCCUGUUCAUGUGCGUACGCUACGCAGACUCUCUCAAUGACGCCAGCAUGCUCAAGUCCCUCAUGAACAGUAUCAUUAAUGGCAUCAAGCAAGUGGUUAAGGAGCAUUUAGAAGACUUUGAGAUGCUGUCCUUUUGGCUUUCCAAUACUUGUCAUUUCCUCAAUUGCCUGAAGCAGUACAGUGGAGAAGAGGAAUUCAUGAAGCAUAACAGUCCACAUCAGAACAAGAACUGCUUGAACAAUUUUGACCUGUCAGAAUACAGACAGAUUCUUAGUGAUGUGGCUAUACGAAUAUAUCAUCAGUUCAUUAUCGUCAUGGAAAAUAACAUUCAACCAAUAAUAGUGCCGGGCAUGCUGGAGUACGAGAGUCUGCAGGGCAUUUCCGGCCUGAAGCCCACGGGCUUCCGCAAGCGGUCGUCCAGCAUCGACGACACGGACGCCUACACGAUGACCUCCGUCCUGCAGCAGCUGAGCUACUUCUACAGCACCAUGUGCCAGAACGGCCUGGACCCCGAGCUCGUGAGGCAGGCAGUGAAGCAGCUCUUCUUCCUCAUCGGGGCCGUCACGCUCAACAGCCUCUUCCUGCGCAAGGACAUGUGCUCCUGCCGGAAAGGGAUGCAGAUCAGGUAA